CCCUCCGUCCGCCCCGGCUCUCCCCUCCGCGCCCGCCCCUCCUCGCAGGGAGGGAUGGAGGCGGAUCAGGAGCGCACGUUUCCUGCCCAGGGACGGCUCUGAGGCUCGCAGGCAAAGCCGGGGGCCGGCGGGCAGGAAGGAGACGCGCAGCGCGACCGGGAGCCGGGCAGCCCGGCUGGACUCGGCGACCGCAGCCCCAGCCCCGGCCGGGAGCGAGUCCGGGCUUCGCCCCGCCGCCGCCGCCGCCGCAUCCCCCCGCCCCGGGAGGCGUCUCGCCGCCGGCCCGGGCUCGGCAGCUGCCCCGCGCCCCCCCCCGGGCUGCCUGGUGCAUCGGGAACAAAGGAAAUUCCCCCCCCGCCCCUCCCAGCAUGAAGAUGCCUCGGCUGGCGCCGGGGCCCCGGGCGCUCGGGCGGCUCCUGCUGCUGCUGCUGGCCGGCCACGCCGCGCUGGCACAGCGCUGGCGUAAUGAAAACUACGAGAGGCCCGUGGACCUGGAAGGGUCAGGGGAUGAUGACCCCUUUGCGGAUGAUGAAAUUGAUGAUCUGUACUCGGGGUCUGGCUCGGGAUAUUUUGAGCAGGAGUCUGGGAUCGAGACAGCAGUGAGGCUCCGCACGGACACUUCCAUCACGCUCCCCACCACCCCAGCCGUGCUGCCUGUCACAUCCAUGCAGCCCGUGGCAACUCCCCUUGAAAUGCUACCAGCCGAAGAAACGACCCCUGAGCAGGCGACCAGCGUCCUGUAUAUCCCCAGGGUGACAGAGGCCCCGGUGAUCCCAGGCUGGAAAGCAACUACCACCGGUGCCACAGCCAGUGACACCCCGCCCCCCGCAACGGCUGCUGCUGCUGCCAGCCCCACCGCUCCCACUGCCAAGCCAACACCCGUCCGGAGGAUCCUGCCCCCCUUCGUCACGACGAUGGCCACAACGCGGGCCACCACUCUGGAAAUGCCGACCACAUCUGUGACGGAAGCCAGCACGGUCACGGAGCCUGCCACGUCCCGGCUUGUCACCUCCAGCACUGCCAGGCCCAGAGCCAGCCCAAAGUCGAGCACCUCCAGGACCAUGGCCGUCACAGAGAAAAGCACUGUCUUGCCACCGCCGGCUGCUACUUUGGCCCCCACGGACGCACCUCAGACCGAGCCGCUGGAUGUGACCGUGUCCACAGCCCUCGACAACGAGCUGGAGGUACCUGUCAGCGGAGGGCCCAGCGGGGACUUUGAAAUCCGCGAGGAGGAAGACACGACUCAGCCAGAGCUCAAUAACGAAGUGAUCGCCGCGGUUACCCUGGCAGCAGGGCCGGGGCUGGGGAAGAAUGCAGAGCCCGGCCUCAUAGACAAUACGAUAGACUCUGGGAACUCGGCUGCACAGCUCCCCCAGAAAAAUAUCCUGGAGAGGAAAGAAGUGCUAAUAGCUGUCAUCGUGGGCGGCGUGGUCGGGGCGCUCUUUGCUGCCUUUCUGGUCAUGCUACUCAUCUACCGGAUGAAGAAGAAGGACGAGGGGAGCUACACACUGGAGGAGCCAAAGCAGGCGAACGUCACAUACCAAAAGCCCGACAAGCAGGAGGAGUUCUAUGCAUAAAAAGAGCCCAGAGUGCCUCUCUCUCAGUUCAACUUCCCUCUGUCCCCACCCUUCCCCAUCCAAUCUCUCUCUCUCUCUCUGUUUCUGAUGGGACUGUGAGUUGAACAAACAAACGAACACUAUAAUAAAAAGAAAAAAAAACAUCUUCAGUUAAAAAAUAUACAAAUAAAAGUGUCACCGAUUUCAAACGAAUACCGUAACCUUUCUCCAGCGGACGCAGCGUUUGCAGGGAACAGCAAGUGUGAGGAGCGAACGGGCAGCCAACUUUCAGUGCCUAUGCGAUCACUCCUCAGAUGAGGGCAUGCUUGGGUGGUCUUUUCCUGAUGAUGGUUGGAGUUUCCUGGGUGUACCAAACAACACAACUGACUCUGAGAUCUGAACACCUGUUACCAGAAUCGGGGUAGGGGUGGGAAUUUGGGGAGAGGGAGGGGUUUCUUUCUUUUUGUUGGGUUGGGGGUUGGUUUCUUACUGGGAAUCGCUGCUCCAUGGCUCUAUUUGGAAAGAGGAUGUGACUGUCAAAUACAGUGUCAAGCCUUGAAAAAGCACAAUGAGAUGAAACAUCUAAUGCUGUGGUUUGCUCUCGGAAUGAAAAGUGGCCAGUGGGCUGGAGCGGAGCUUUUCGAUCACCUCCUCAGAGAGUUCACAUAGCUGCAGGGAGCCACAGUUUGCAGUUGUGUGGGGCUCCCUUCCUGACACUGCUUCACUUCAUUGCAUUGCUGUGCACAGCCAGAGACCUUAAGUGUAUCGAAACCAUGUUUUGUGGGCUGACCAGGGGCUUGGUUGACAGGGACCUGGCUUUGGCUGGGUUUUCACUGUGACGAAUAAAACGCAGCUAGUGCAGUAUACCCUGCUCUUUGCAGACAACCCACACUCACAUUUUUAAGGGAAACAGGACGCUGGGGGACAGGGGAUUGACAAGAACAAACAACAAAAGGCUAAAAGGUCAUCUGUGUUCCUUUGAAUGUGAUAAUAUCUCACAAACCUCAUCAAGCCGCACUUCGCAGCGUUCUCCUCAGAUGGUGUUUGGUGAUAGCGCCUGUCAAAUUACAGGAAAUAAAGAAAAUGAAGGAGACAACAGUAGGUUUUCAAGGGUCACUGUCAGGUCAGUUUAGCUCGAAGAUGUAUCAUUUAUUAAAUCCAAUGAAAUGUUUCCAUUAUUUUUUUUUAGUUUUUAUUUUUAAAACUCCUGUCUAAACUUUACAGCCCUGCGCUAGGACUUGACUGACUUCCAAUGGGCUUUGGAUCAGCUUUGUCCAAAAGGGAAACCAACUAGAAGCAACCGUGAAACUGACUAAUGUGUUUUGAAUCAUCUGAGGUGCGUUUAAGAUGGAAAGGGAAUAAGUGGCAUGAGGGCCCCAUCCAGAACCCAGGGAUUGGGCCCGUAGGGUGGAACAUUCAGUGAGAAAUUUGAAUUGGCCGGCUUUAAUAAUCUAAAGGGCUGUUUGUGAUACAGUUAAGGAAACUGGGUUUUUAAAAAGAUUAUUUGGAUCUUGACCAUGUUCCUUUGAGGCCCUGACUUCCCGAUUGUAUUUAAUAAUAAAAAAAAAAAAAAACGGUCGACAUCCUGAUGUCACCAUUGGCACCAUAUGGGCAUUUAGCUCAGGCAGUAUAGACACAGGCAUUGACAUCCGGAGGUGCUUGGGUCAAGCCCCCCAAAUAACCCAUCCAAAGCUAUUGUUCCCCGUGGAACUCUCUCAUGGGUCAGUGAGGGCACACAUGUAACUGGGAGCAGGAUAUGCCCUGCUAUCUCACCUUCCUCUGGCCAGGGACCUCGUGGGCUCUUUUUAGUGGGCCGUGCUGGGGACGAUCUGCUCAUGAAACCAGAAAAGGUUUCAGCACAGCCCAGAGAACAAAGUGGCUCUGCCAUGUGGAUGAGAGAGGAGAAUUGUGGUCAAAGCAAACAUCCGGUGAUACCAGCUGGUAUCUGGUGAAAGGCACAAGAAUGACACCCUGGGCUUGGUUCUGAUGUCACACCAGGGUAACUCCACUGAUGUCAGCAGGGUUAUUCCUGAUUGAUCCCAGUGUAACUGACAUCAGAAUGAGGCUGCCAGUCAUAUGAAAGGGCCCCUCCAGGGCUCCCAGGAUGUGAGCGCCAAAUGUUUCAAGGUUUGGUGCAAAUUUGGAUGGAGGUUUGUUUUUUCUCACCAGCUUUAGGCUGAGAUUUUUCAAAAGGGACUUUGAUUUUGAGUGUCUUUAUUUCAAGGUACUGUAUUGACACCUUAAAGGGGGUCUAAUUCUCAGGGAGUGGAUUCUGAAAAUCAAGCCCCUUAAAGGUAUCUCAAUUUGGACACCCCAAAAGCGGAGGCAACCAAAAACCAUUAGUCCCCUUUGAAAGACAUGGUCCUAAUCUUUUGAGUAUAUAUUAAAACCUCCAAGCUUAACUUUUUAAAUGUUGCUUUACUCAGCUUCCUCAUUAAUCGGCUCCAUUAAUAGUCUGAAGUACUGUAAUACAACUUUUUUUAUUAUUAUCCACUGAAGCUUUUACCUUUAGACCUCUCAGCUGGUAUUAAGUUGUAAUCCCGCUACUUAACUCUUGUACAGGUUCGGAAGGGAGUAACGAUCUCAAAAUGUGAGUGUUAGAGCAGGCUGAAAAAUCCUUCUUUCUCUUAAAAGAAUUUAAAGUACAAAAAGACAAAAAAACAGUUAUUUAAAACACUGAUCAGAGUUGACCAAUGUCUUAAUUUAUUGUCCAGUAGCUGCUGCUACCACUCUCUUUCUGUGUCUCUCUUGGACUGGAAAGUAGAUGUGAUCUCAAGGAGAUUUUUAUCUUGGCUUGUAGCAUACCUUUUCUUAAAAAAAAAUAAAUUAAAAUCAGUCACCAAUCGGCCCUUCCAACUGACUCAGCUAUCCACAAGUGAAAGGGUAGCUGUAAGAAUCAACAGCUAGGAAUAAGCAUUCCAGAUGUGUUUGAUGUCUUCUCUUCUGUUCAUCGGCUGGGGGACUAGAAGUAACUAUAUAAUGAAUGUGGCUUUCUGUAUCUUAAUUUGUUGGAGGAAAUCAUCCAAGAGCUGUCAAUAAUCAAAUGCUGCAAGGAUUUGAUCCACAGCCCACCGGAAUACUAGGAAAGACUCCUGUUGAUUUCAGUGGGGUUAGGAUUGUGGGACCCAACUGGAAGUCAAUGGGAGUUGGAGGAUUAACUCCAUUGGGUGCUUUUGAAAAUCCUGCUCUCAACACAUGAAGAAAUAUGAGUUUCUCCUGGGGCUCCGGGGGGGGGGGGAAGGGGGAGGGAGGGGUUGGUGAGAACCUGGUGUGAGCCUUGAUCAAAGGGAGGGGAGGGUGGAAAGCAGGUGAUUUUCCCCAACUGUUGAUCUGGUAAUGAAACAGGACAUCUAUUAUGAAAAUCAACUCACGGUAGGUACCGUGUAAGGCAGCAUCUUAACAAACCCUGGGCUUGUGUGGCUAGGGGACAUGGUGCAAAUCUUUGGUUACCUUCUCUGCUUCCCCCACCUGCUUCAGAUGCUGAUUGGUUUAUAGGGCCUGAUUCGGUGAGGUGGUGAGUGCCCUCAGCUCCAGUGGGCUCAUAGUCAAGAAAGGAAGCCCAAAAAUGGGAUUUCAGUGAUUCCACAUCUGAAGUUCUGGCUCUGCGCCUGCUGCCUUAUCCCAUGACCUGCAGUACACAGCAUGUCUUGACUGCCUGGAAAGCUUCAGCGAGCCCAGGAUGCAGCUGCCCUCCAGCCCCAGGGGUACUGAAUUCACAACAGUGCUUCUGACUCUGCAGUCACUCCCCCUUCAAACCCGGGUGGUUACAGUCUGUCACCCUGUUUUAACUGAACUUCUGACCCGUGGAACUUUCUUCUUCCAGGUGUCAAUCAAAGGCUGGACACUGCCAAUGCAUGGUGGAAGGUGCAGGUAUUUGUCCUGGCUUGUGGCUUAACACCAGCUAGCCAAUGGAAAGUCAGUUGGAUGUAGCGUGUUUCCCAGCAGCAGCAGCAUUGGCUUUUAGGGAUCCCUUUUUGGGUAGCCCACAUGCUAAGGUGAUGGGCAGUCUUUAACUGUUGAAAUCAGAGCUUAGCUGACAAGGCUCCGGCCACAGAGGACUCCCUAUCCCAUAGCAGUAUUGGCUUGGCAAGGAGGUACAUAUUUGUUCAGCUGAGGUCUCGUUCUCAAAGCCCGUAUCAGUAGCUCCCGUCGCCUUCACCCGGAGCUGUAGGCAUUUGGCACUUCGGAAGAUCAUGUGGCCCUAACGCAAGACCCAGAAGGAGGUGAUCUAUUAAGUCGGAAAGUAACUUUUCCCAGUAGUCACAUUCAAACCCUACGGCCACUCUUCCAAUUCUGCCCUUUCCUGCUGCCUGGCUUUGCGAGAGGUUUUCUGGGCGGUGAGCAGAGCAGAACCUGAGGUGAUGUCGUGACUGCGGGCAGGAGUCCUGAUGUAGAGAAGGGCUCAAAUCAAAAUGCUGGAUUCCCCCCGAACUUUGCAGGGGUUCUGAUUCUGGAUCCGCUUUGAUGACUGACCCCUUGGACUACCCCAAACCCUGGGUCCGCACACAUGGGAAUUUAGGAGCAUUCAGAAUCCAAAUCUGCAGCUGCACUGGUGGAACCGGGGCUCAGGUGUGCUGAAAGCCUGGCCCAAAUGUUGAUAGAGAUAGCUGGGAUACUCCUGAAACCGGAUCCAAUGUUUCCUAGCCUCGCUGGCCCUGUCUGAUCUCGGUGUCUCUGCAGUGAAGCCACUUCAGAUUUACACUGAUGUAAACACAAGCAGAAUCUGGACCAGAGUCAAUAAUGGGCCCUGCUACAGGCUGCAGAGUUUCUUUGCACAUUGACAGUUCCAUACUCUGUUCUUCUCUUAGAAUGACAAAGGUCCCAUAUAUGGUAACCUGCCUUGCUCAGUUUGAGCCUUUAGCUUUUGGUAUAAUUCAAAGCUAGCUAAUCUCCAGCCCAGAAUCUGAUUCCCCCUCCUGCACAGAGGCUUUGUUCCAAUUAAAGUGGUUAGUUAAAAAUGAAAAGGAAUUUUUUUCUCCUUCUAUUAUUAUAAAUGUUCAUAAUCUGCAGCACUCUCUGGGCUUCCAGGCUUUGAAAGGCUUUUGGCACUGAAACAUUUAUUAGAAUAACUGAGUCUUGUGAGGCACGUAGCCAGCUGCUCUGCCGUCCUGAGCAAAUACAAAUCCAUUCCAGUGUUUGGAGGGAAAAGCUAGCUGGAAGGAGGUCUGAACUCUUAGAAGAAUAUAUGUGUGUGUGUAUAUAUAUAUAUGUAUGUAAUUUACAUAUGUAUAUACAUAUAUACUUGUGUGUACACACACACGCAGCUUUAAUUCAAGCCGGCUAUGUAAACUAAGUGGGAGGAAACUAUUGUCGUAGAUUUAAGAGUGCUAAAUUCUGCAGAGACUUUGGACCAGCUCCUCAGCCGGAGGAGUCAGUUGACAUCAGCUGAGGAUCUGGCCCCUUUUUCCUUUCUUGACCCUUUCUCAGCAAGGGCCUGAGCCAAAGCCUGGGGACGCUGAUGGAAAGCCUCCCAUUGACUUUGGUGGCUUUUGUACGAGGGGCCUAGAGGCAACUCAGCACAUAGUGCCUAGUUAUUGUGUCAGGCUAUUCCAAACCAUUUUCAAGGGGAUUGCAUUUGCUGACUUCCCCUUUCCUCCAUGCUCUUUGUCCAGUGCAGACAUAGAGGAAGAUCAGUCAGGUAAACGGACACAGAGCUUUCAAAGGCCUCUCAGUUAUUCCCUUCUGACACCAAGUGUCUUGUGCCUCCAGAUCACUGGACAUCCUAAGUAUCUACAGAAAAGCUCAGUCUGGAGUGGCACCUUUAUGGAAAGUUUUGGAUUUGGAACAACUCGACACAGAAGAUUUCAGUGAGCUGCCCAGAAUUUUUAAGAUCCUGCCACCGGAUCUUGCUCAAUGCAUUUUCAAAGACCUCAAGGGUACCAGUGACUUUCUGAGCAUAAACCACCUCUGUUUUGGCUCCCAGAGGUCUAAGUCAUACACAUACAGUUGACAAUCAAACCAGACAAAACAAAUUAUAAUAAUAUCUCUCUCCCCACAUUGUUUGGUAAAUCUGCUUUUAAAAAUCACUGAUGAAGCAACGCACUUAUUUAACACUAACGUUCAGCACCACAUCUCCGGGAUAAAAUGCCACCCAUUGGUUAUUCUGUAAAUAAACACAAAGCCAACUUGUAUACAUUGAAAAACAAAACCAUUGAUAUCCAUCCAAAAAACCCAACCCAACCCCCCAUCUCUUUCCCGAAGAUUUCAGUAAUAAAUCUUUCCUUUCCUUUUUGGGGCUGAUUAAAAAGCCCAAGUAGGAGAAUGAAAAGUCUUUGGCAGCAGUUGAAAUUUCAGUGUUUUACUAUUCAACAAGUGGGGGAGGGGAAAAUGCAUGUAAAUAUUUUUAAUAGGAAACAUAUCUUAAACAGAACAUUUUUUGUAUGUACAUAACUCUCCUCGAGUUUAGUACUUAAAUUGCUUCAUAGUUCCUGUUAAAAACAAAAAUAAAAUAAAUAAAAAUGUUUGUUACUUGUUUUUGUCCUGACUCAAUGGCCAAAACUUUAAUAAUAAAUAAUAAUAAUAAUAAUAAUAAAGCCUAUCAAAUAAUCUUUGCCAAUGGAUCUAGCACUGUAAUGGUACUGUCUAUUUUUUUUAAUGAUUUCUGUGCUGUGCCCAUUUAUAAAAGGAAAAAUAAAGUCAUUUAAACAUGGAUCGCUGGGA